GUCCCACGUUGGGGGAGCGGGAGCUGUCUGGGUGGCGAGCUGCCGCGGGGGCGGGGCCAGAGUACUCGGCGGGGGGCGGGGACAGGACGCCCACAUGGAAGCUAGAGGGGCGCUGGCGGGGCCGGACGUCGGCUCGUGGGCAGGGCUCGGGCAGGCCGGGCUGCGGGGAGCGGGGCGAGGGCGUUGCGUGGGUGGGCAGUUGGAGGCGGGACCGAAAAGUUGUGUUCGGGCUUGGGGCGGGGCCAAAAUGUUGCCCGGCUGGCUGGGGGCGGGGCCGGAGUGCGGGCCGAAUGCACUGGGGGCGGGGCCAGAAAGUUUUGCUCGUGUUUGAAGCGGCUCCACAUCGUUGGCCUGGAAGCCACGGGUGGACACGGAGGCUUAACGCGGAAGUGUGGGCGGGUCAAAGUUGGAGGGGUGCGGUGUUCAGAUUCUGCAAGGGAAUUUUUCUGGGACCCUGGCCUCCCUUGGCCAGUGGAAUGGCAGCUGCACUGGAUCUGAAAUCGAAGGAGGAGAAGGAUGCUGAGUUGGACAAAAGGAUCGAGGCUCUUCGGAGAAAGAAUGAGGCCCUUAUUCGGCGCUACCAGGAGAUUGAGGAGGAUCGUAAAAAAGCCGAACUGGAUGGAGUGGCAGUGACAGCUCCGCGGAAGGGCCGUGCAGUGGAGGAGAAUGUGGCAGUAGAGGUGGAGAAGAACGUGGGUCCCUUCCGGAGGGCUCCUGGGACUCCUCGGCCCCCAGGGGCCAGCAAGGGAGCCCGGACCACCCCUCAGCAGGGAGUCCGGGCUGGCAUGGGCCGGGCAUUCCGCUGUUGGGAGGACAGUCCUGGCGAGCAGCCUCGAGGAGGAACUGGGGGCCGUGGUCGGAGGGGCCGGGGCAGAGGGUCCCCUCAUCUCUCCAGAGCUGGCGAUGCCACAGCAGCCGACCGCAAAUCCAAGGAGUGGGAGGAGCGGCGCAGGCAGAACAUCGAGAAGAUGAACGAAGAGAUGGAGAAGAUUGCAGAGUAUGAGCGCAACCAGCGGGAAGGCGUGCUGGAGCCCAACCCCGUGCGGAACUUCCUGGAUGACCCCCGACGACGCAGCGGGCCCCUGGAGGAGCCUGAGCGGGACCGCCGGGAAGGCAGCCGCCGGCACGGGCGUAACUGGGGGGGUCCCGACUUCGAGCGGGUGCGCUGCGGCCUCGAGCAGGAGCGGCAGGGCCGCCGGGCCGGCCUGGGCGGUGCUCAGGACAUGACACUCUCCAUGACGGGCCGUGAGCGUUCAGAGUACCUGCGCUGGAAGCAGGAGAGGGAGAAGAUUGACCAGGAGCGGCUGCAGAGACACCGCAAGCCCACUGGCCAGUGGCGGCGGGAGUGGGACGCUGAGAAGACUGAUGGAAUGUUCAAGGAUGGCCCAGCUGCUGCCCUUGAACCAUCGCACCGCUAUGAUGACCAGGCCUGGGCCCGGCCACCCAAGCCCCCCACUUUCCGGGAGUUCCUGUCCCAGCACAAAGCUGAGGUCAGCCGCAGGAGGAGGAAGAGCAGCCGACCCCAGACCAGGGCAGCCCCCCAUGCCUACAGUGACCACGAUGACCGCUGGGAGACGAAGGAGGCAGUGUCCCCAGCCCCUGAGGCCCCACGGACCCCUCCUCCUGAGGAGACACCCAUGCAGCCACCCGAGACCCCAGCCCCUGCCCACCGGCCUCCAGAGGAUGAGGGGGAGGAGGAGCAGGAGGAAGCGGUAGAGGAAGACGAAGGGGAGGAUGAGGAAUGGGAAGACGUGAGUGAGGACGAGGAGGAGAUAGAGGAGGCGGCGGCUGACGGGGAAGAGGAAGAACCAGCUCAAGAUCACCAACUCCGAGAGGCAGCGCCACCUGGGAGCCCCACCAGUGAGCCGGCAGAGGAAGAGCCCUCCAAGCCCGAGGAGCCUCUGCCACGUCCCCAGACCCCGGCCCCGCCUUCCAGCCCUUUCUCGCCCCCUGGGGGCCACCAGCCUGUGUCCGACUGGGGUGAAGAGAUGGAGCUGAAUUCUCCCCGGACCGCCCACCCGGCUGAUGCCCUCUCUCUGGGAGGUGACCAGCCAGCCGCUGCCUCCCUGGAGAGUGGGCCCAGCCUCCCAGGAAUCCAGAAGGCUGAAGAGGAGAGGCCUGAGGCAGCUCCAGAGGCGGGCCCCGAAGGUCAGGAGACGGCAGAGAUCACCGACUUCCAGAGGGUGCGUUUCUGCAAGGUGGUGGCGGCCACAUCGCCACCGGGGACAGCCCGCUGACCGCACCCGCCGACUGCGGCUACGUGCUGUGCACUAACCUCGCACCGCCCUGCUCCUCUGUCCUCUGCUUCCGCUACACUCCAGCCAGGAGAGGGUUAAAUGUAAGGGGGGAGGAGCCAGGGACAGUGAAAGGGGUGGGGCCAGGGCAAUAGUCCGGUCUCACUUAUCUGGGAUGCUGUGGGACCGGGAUGGCUGAGACGCCCGCGAGUCGUUCGCCUAUGGAGGCCGUGGGGGUUAGGUACUGGUCCCCGGGCGGAGUUUCCCGCCUCCAGGAGCCUACAUCUGGGGCAUGGCAAAUAGCCGGCCUCCCCGAAUUCCUGAAGACGCUGCUGGGCGGGGACUGAAGCUUCCCCGCCUUGAUGGGGAGGGGGCGGCAGGAGGGGUUAGUCUGGAUCUCCAGACUCUGUUCUCCUCCCCAAAGCCCAUUCCGGACCCUAUGGCUAGGGCGAGAAAGAAAUUAAGGGACAGUUGCUGCGGAA